AUUGUCUCUGGAAACUGGGAAAUCGGACCAGAAGGCCCUUCGCCUCCCAGGCUCUGUAGCUUCUGCAGUGAUGAGGCUUGGCCACCAGAUGUCUCCACAGAGACCACUUCGCUCUCAGGGAAGAGGAGGGUCUUCGUGGUCCCGUGAAGAACGCAGGACAGGCAUCAUCAUCUCCGUUUUUCAAACAAGAAAAGGAGGCCAAGACAGCUACUCUGUUUUGGCUAACGCAGAAGGGGAUGCGGGUGAGGAAGCUUCUAAGUCCGGCCCUCCAUUCGCCAGAGUAACCGCCUCUCCCAGAGGGCGCAGAGUGAACAGUACCUGGUCCAGGGAGUAAGAAGGAAGCCGAGGGUAUCAUCAACAAGCCUGCCUGUCGGAUCCUGCAGGAAAAACCCAUAUAGUGAAGCGCUUGGGUUUUAAACGCAGGGCUUUCCAGACACAUUUGGGGAGUUCAACUCGAGCGCUUUGUGCUCAUGGACCAGCCGCGCAACUUUUGAAGGCUCGCCGGCCCAUGCGGGGUCUUUCUGGCGGCGCGCCGCCUGCAGUCCCUCUAAAGCGCCGGGGCUGGAGUUGCUGAGCCUCCCGGCCGCCGGGGUCCAUGUAGCCGCGGGCCGGGCGCGGACUGCGGAUCGGCGUGCGCGCGUUCCCCGCCGUCCAGCCCCGGCGAGCUCCCUCAUGUUGCAGCCCUGCGGUGCCCCUUCGACGACAGGCUGUGCGCGGUUUGCACGGCGCCCGGCGGCAGAGCUUCAUGUGGGGCUGCGGCCCGCGCAGCCGGCGCCUCGCUGAGGAAACGGACCCCCGGUAACCGGAGACCGCCUCCCCCCCUCCCCCGGCGCCAAAGGAUAUCGUAUGUUCAGGUCCAAACGCUCGGGGCUGGUGCGGCGACUUUGGCGAAGUCGUGUGGUCCCCGACCGGGAGGAAGGCGGCGGCGGCGGCGGCGGUGGUGGCGGCGACGAGGAUGGGAGCGUGGGCAGCCGAGCUGAGCCGGCCGCGCGGGCACGAGAAGGCGGAGGCUGCGGCCGCCCCGAAGUCCGCCCGGUAGCCCUGCGGCGGCCCCGGGACGCGGUGGGACAGCGAGGCGCCCAGGGCGCUGGGAGACGCCGGCGCUCAGGGGGCCCCCCGAGGCCCAUGUCCGAGCCGGGGGCCGGCUCUGGGGGCUCCUCGCUGGACGUGGGGGAGCCGGGAGGCCAGGGCUGGCUGCCCGAAAGUGACUGCGAGACGGUGACCUGCUGUCUCUUCUCGGAGCGGGACGCCGCUGGAGCGCCCCGAGAAGCCGGCGAACCCCUGGUCGGGGAGGCCCAGGAGCCAGAGGGCGGCGGGCGGAGUCGCGAAGCCCGCUCGCGGCUGCUGCUGCUGGAGCAGGAACUCAAGACGGUCACGUACUCGCUGCUGAAGCGGCUCAAGGAGCGCUCGCUGGACACGCUGCUGGAGGCGGUGGAGUCCCGCGGCGGCGUGCCGGGCGGCUGCGUGCUGGUGCCGCGCGCCGACCUCCGCCUGGGCGGCCAGCCCGCGCCGCCGCAGCUGCUGCUCGGCCGCCUCUUCCGCUGGCCCGACCUGCAGCACGCCGUGGAGCUCAAGCCCCUGUGCGGCUGCCACAGCUUUGCAGCCGCCGCCGACGGCCCCACCGUGUGCUGCAACCCCUACCACUUCAGCCGGCUCUGCGGGCCAGAAUCACCGCCACCCCCCUACUCUCGGCUGUCUCCUCGUGACGAGUACAAGCCACUGGAUCUAUCUGAUUCCACAUUGUCUUACACUGAAACAGAGGCCACCAACUCCCUCAUCACAGCUCCGGGUGAAUUCUCAGACGCCAGCAUGUCUCCGGACGCCACCAAGCCGAGCCACUGGUGCAGCGUGGCCUACUGGGAGCACCGGACGCGGGUGGGCCGCCUGUACGCGGUGUACGACCAGGCCGUCAGCAUCUUCUACGACCUACCUCAGGGCAGCGGCUUCUGCCUGGGCCAGCUCAACCUGGAGCAGCGCAGCGAGUCGGUGCGGCGCACGCGCAGCAAGAUCGGCUUCGGCAUCCUGCUCAGCAAGGAGCCUGACGGCGUGUGGGCCUACAACCGCGGCGAGCACCCCAUCUUCGUCAACUCCCCGACGCUGGACGCGCCCGGCGGCCGCGCCCUGGUGGUCCGCAAGGUGCCUCCCGGCUACUCCAUCAAGGUGUUCGACUUCGAGCGCUCCGGCCUGCUCCAACACGGCCCCGAGCCCGACGCCGCCGACGGCCCCUACGACCCCAACAGCGUCCGCAUCAGCUUCGCCAAGGGCUGGGGGCCCUGCUACUCCCGGCAGUUCAUCACCUCCUGCCCCUGCUGGCUGGAAAUCCUUCUCAACAACCACAGAUAGCGCCCCCGCCACCUGCCCCGCCGCCGGGGGGUCCCGUGCCCAGAGACACAGCCCCCACGGACGAACCCACCCCUCCCCCCCCAGAUAUCAUCUACCUAGAUUUAAUAUAAAGUUUUAUAUAUUAUAUGGAAAUAUAUAUUAUACUUGUAAUUAUGGAGUCAUUUUUACAAUGUAAUUAUUUAUGUAUGGUGCAAUGUGUGUAUAUGGACAAAACAAGAAAGACGCACUUUGGCUUAUAAUACAGAUAUAUUUUCUUUCUCUUCCUCCUUCCUCUUUAUGUUUUUUUUUUUUCUUUAAAGAAAAUGAUACAGCAGAGCUAGGUGGAAAAGCCUGGGUUUGGUGUAUGGUUUUUGAAAUAUUAAUGCCCAGACAAAAAGCUAAUACCAGUCACUCGUUGAUAAUAAAGUAUUCGCAUUAUAGUUUUUUUUUUUUUUUUUAACUGUCUUCUUUUUAACAAAGAGGGAUGUGCAGGGUUUCCAUGGGUUUCUGACUGGUCAGGCAUCUUGAAACUUGAUUUCAAUCUUUUAACGGUUAGAGGGAAUUACAUUGAAAAGGAAAGACAGACCUAUGUUUGUUCUUAAGACCAGAGAAGGUUCUAUUGUUCCUUCCCUCCCAUGGCUGUGGGGUGUCCACAGGAUUCAGGGGGGAAGAGGGGGAGUUUGUGGCCCAUCCAUCCUGGGUAAGCUCUUCCAAUAUGAUGGGGGAGGGUCAUGCUCUGGCCUACGCCAGCUCUCAGUCUGUUGGGAAAGACAUGGGUCCAUACCUCCCAUCUCUGAGCUGUCUGCAAACUGGAAGACUAAUUCUCACCACUUCGGGGAAAUGACCUGUGGAAGAAAGACUGAGAUGGUGGGUGUUGGACCCACUUAAUGGCCUUGUAGAAGCCCCCGGAGCCCCAGGGUGAAACUCCCUUUUAGGACCUAAAUAAGCUACCCUCUGAUCCCUCACCAAGUAGGUCAGAACCUGCCCAUCUGGGGCUGUAGUCAUGACUGAUGCAAAGGCAGGUGGUUUCUUUCUACUCUAUAAAAGGGAAAAAGGUUCUGGAAGGGUAAAUGACUAGCUCAUGAAACAGACCAAGGUUAGAAGUUACAUCUAAUUGUAGGACCAGAGCCAUAUUAAAUCAGUUUCCUCUCUUGAGAAAACUCAAAAAAAGAAGGCCUUCUUGGCCAAAUAUCUAAGGGGAAUGUUACAUUGUAUAUCUUCUUUCUUGGAGAUUUACAUUAGCCUAUUAAAUGCUCUGAGAAGUCCUGUGUGUUAUCUAUUGCUGCGUAAUAAAUUAUCCUAAAACUUGGCA